AUGACGGAGCCUGUUAGAGACUCCCCAGAGGAUGAGAUGCAAGAUAGUAUAACACUUUCGGCUGCUCCUCAGUCGAAACCAUGUUUAGAGGGUGCUUUUGGCAAUCCUACCAGCACUUUUAUUAAAGACGAAGUUCCGGCCUCACCUACCUAUUCGUUUUCGUCGAUGAGUACACUUUCUUCAGUAUCAGACUUGGAUUCAGACUCGGACUCAGAGUCUCUACCGCUACCUUCAGAAGUCAAGUCUGAAGUUGUUGAUAGAGACGAUGCUCUCGAAGAUAUGGGAAAUGUCACCCACGCAGACAGCUUACCUCCUGAAAAAACUGACCCCCCACAAAAAAUCUAUCAGAAGUCUCGAGCCCGAGAGGUUGAUGUUUGUGCUGAUGUAGAUACGGUUGAAGCAUUUCGAGUUGCUAGAGCAAUUGCUGCUACUGAAGACAGCGCUUUUAGUAUUAUCGGGCCGAGAGAGCUUCGGUCGUCAAGUAAACCUAACAGUGCAAAAAAGACACCACCCAAUCCCUACAACGGAGACAACACAAAAACUCCUAGGAAAAAAAAUAAGCUCAGUGUUAAUACCGGUAGUGGUGCCAUCACAGAGUCAGUGGUUUCAUCAACUGCAAUCGAACAGGAUUAUGAACAUAUUAAAAAUGAAGAACUCAAGCCUUCUACAACGAUCUAUUCAUCUCCAAACAAAAGACAUGCAAGGAAAAGGAAAGUGGAGACACAUGACUCGAUCCAGCAGCUGGGUCACACGUUAUCACUCGAAAACCCUGCUCCACCAAAAAAGCCUGGGCGGAAGAGAUUUUCCAGGUGGACUUGGGUCGAGAUAGAAGACGCGGAAACCCCAGAAUCAAAAAUACAAGAGGAGGGGCUACCAAAUGAGCCAGCCAAACGCCCGGCGUCUUUGCCUCCUGAUUACAGCGCCCAACAGUUUUCGUUCCGGGCUGGUUAUCUCUCCAAUUCUGAUAAAGACUUGAUACGUCAGUCUAGAGCCCUGUCCGAAGGAGCUGAUAAACUGCGGGAUCCUAAACCCAUUGUCCCAACAAUUACUAGAAAACGCGGGAUUCUAGCCAAUACUGCAAUAACUUCGGGGAGGCUACGGCCUCGCAAAGAACUGAGUACCUCGAGCUCCCGUAGAUUUCGGAAGUCAGCCUCCGAUUUUACUCCAAGCAAUAAAUUUAUCGAUAAUGGAGCCGAAACUAGCACCGCGAGUUCUUCUAGGGCCCGACCAUUGGCGGAUAUCACUAAUAGACUCCAUGUCCAACCCGAUGCCGGUGGCGAAACAACAGCCAAAGUGACCACAUGCCUGGAUUAUGGCUCAGAAAUAUUAACUCCAAAAAGACAGAAAUUGAACUCUGGUGCCAAAAGCGUUCAAAACUGUGGAGAGCAGGUUGUCACACCAUCACCAUUUGCUGUUAUUAGCAAUGCCGAGCGCUUUGGGAGUGGUGUCUUUACCCUGGUCAACGAUAUAUGGAUGAUACCCAAAAUUUGUCACAAAUGCUUGAGAGUGCGACAAUUCUGCGACAGAAGAACGCCUUGUGAUAGAUGUAGCAAGGACGAAUUUCAUCAAUUCUCGCCUACACCUGAAACAUCGCCACAGAGAAAAAGAGUAAGGAAGGCAUGGAAGCCACCAAAUCACACCCCCCAACUUUCGAACGAAACCCAGAACCCAAUAGCACCAAAAAUAAAAAAGACUCGGGUUAAAAGGGAGGUGAUGAAUAGGCCCCAUAUUGAGUAUUCCGGCCAGGAAAUGUCAAUGAUUCUACACGAUCCCCAAGCAAAUAAACCUCCUGGUAUUAGAAGACCGGAAAUCUGGUGCGAGUCUCGCCAAGAACUUUGCGAGAGCUUGACAUACUUUCGUAGUUAUCAAGGUGGUUGUUAUGGACAUAAUGGCCUUGUUCUAGGAUCCCUCCUUGAUGGUUUCCCUUCACCAAGAGACUUUGUUGAUGGAAAAGUUGUUAUCACUCAUACCGGUGGCAAGUCUGGCAAUGAUGAGGAUGGGCAUCGCAGGCUUCUUGCAAGCCAGACAAAAGAUGACAAGACAAUCAAAUACCUCCUUAGGAACAUCGUGGACAAGUCACCAUUAGUCCUGAUAAUGGGCAAGAACUGCGCAAUUUCGCCAUCGAAAAUUCCACAUACAUAUUGUGUCAUGGCUUGGUUCAAAGUCACUGUUGGAUGGGCUGAAAAGGAUCCGGUGACUGGAUUAGCCAGAUGGAAAUUUCGUUUUGAAAAACUUGAUACAACAGAGGAUGGCUGGUGGGCUGGAGAGCCAUCAGUUGAAAGUGAACAUCCUGAGGAAAUGGUGAUGGGUACUUGCCGCACUUGUAAGACCGAGAGCCCACAUAUCUACAAAGAGGGAUGGAUGUGCCUCGAUCAGGAAUGCUCCCAAUUCUGGCAGCUUGAUGGUAAGGAUGCGCCUGCAGAGCUCGAAUACACACAAAACUUCAUAUUCUGCAGAACACCAUGGCCCCAGGAAAACUUAAUGCCUCCUAGCGAAUUAGCGCCAACUCUCGAUGAAAAUCGUGAUAUUUUCUAUAACGGAGAAGAUGUCUCGCGUAUCUACUGGAAGGGUAUGUGGUGCCAUGAAUGCGGCCGCCUGAACUGUAGGGAACUAUGGGCCGGUUGGAAAUGCUUAUCAUGUGGCUACACCAUUAAUCCACCCCGCACAAUUUUUACCGCUGCUAGUUUGGCAAACCCACACCGUCCAAUCUUUACGGGGCCUGCCGUACCUACAAACUUUUGUCAUGAAGAUGUUGCGUACAAACGGUUCAUCGUGGAUGGUAUGACAGUGAUGCAGUAUAUGUUUGGAGGUUGUGGUACCGUGACACAUAUCCUAGCAAACAAGAAUACGAAUGCACGUCCUAAGGACGCUGACUGGCUAUUGGAACAUUACCAGUCCAUUGAAAUGCCAUUUAAGCGAUUUCCCUUGCAGAAUCAUAAAUCCAGGGGAACGUUGUUAACUCAACAAUUCUCGUUCAAUUGUGGCGCUCCAUAUAAGUUCAUUGCAAAAGUUGACAGCAGCCCGUUCGACAAGUCUCCGCCAGUCGUAUCUCAAGCGCUAAGUCUUAUCACUGCUCGUGCAAAGCUAGUUUAUGCCAAUGCAGAAUUCAAUGAAAUUCUUAAUGUUGGUUACUUCGAGGGCCAGAAGAUGGACUACCAUGAUGACGGUGAGGCUGGCCUUGGGGAAACCGUCGCCUCUGUCUCCCUAGGCGCGCCAGCUCGUAUGAGAUUUCGACUGAAGAAAAAACAUGUCAAGGAUAGCCAUCUUUGGACGACUAAACCUCCUGCCCUACAGCAGCAUGAUAAUCUAAAUAUGGAUGACGAAGACGAAGAUGAGGAGAAUGAGGACUUACCUGAUCUUCAACGGAAAACAUCAGCCCGGGCCUCAAAAGAUACUAGAGUUAAGCUCGACCUGUGCUUAAAUCAUGGAGACGUGAUGGUGAUGAGCGGCCCCGGAAUUCAGAAAUACUGGGAGCACUCCGUAAUUCCUUUGGGAAAAUUUAGGAUAGCGGCCACCGCCCGUUUUAUCCACUCGAACCACGCAGGCGUUCGUGAACAACUAGUGGAUAUGGGUGCUGUUACGGCCAGCACUGAGAACGCCAGCUCAGACUCUGUCUCAUUGCAAUCACAGCCCUCUGGUGAAAUUCAACAGGUGCCAGUAUCAAAACAAUAUAAGCAUGAAAAUAGUGGCGGUGAAGACAAUACUGCUGGUAUUGUAAAUAAUGCCCUGGAUGAAACAUUAUUGCACCCAACGCUCUCAGAAUCGCAAAGUAUUCAACAGGCUCUCGUGCCAUAUGGUACUGAUACAGCAGCAGCUAUCACAAAUACCUCUCAUGAGCGAGCUCAGGAAUUCCCAAAAUUUCCUACUGCAGAUAUCUUUCACCCCAUAGAUGUCCCUAUACAAACGGCCGAUAACAGCUUUUUUUCGCCAUCCACUGCAUCGCUCUUUAAUGGUAUGCAGCCACCAGAGAAUACAGAGUUUUACAAGUCCCGCAAGUUGCCUGAACUGUCAAAAAAUAUACCCAUCUAG